CGGAAAUCUCCCACCACAAGUAGUACAGGAGACGCGCGCUUGGCUCAAAUUUGCGCGUGCACUGAAAGAGGCGGAUACGACAAGAGACGAGUUACUUUUGCCUACUCCAGGAAUGAUCCAAGAUGAAGCAGGCGCAUCUGCUUCGAGAACGUUGAUAAAAGCGAAAAGAUCUAAUCAAGACGAGGCUCGUCUUUUGGUAGCACAAAGAUCUACGAAACAAGACCAGGCAGAUGAUUCUUCUAGGUUGUUGGACUCUACUUUCAGUUUCGCUGCCGCUUCAAAGCUCUCGCACACUAACGCUGGAUUAGCAGACCAUGUGGCUUCGAAGAGAGGUGCGUCGAUGGAGUCACAACAUUCGAUUACAGGAGACGCCCCCAAGAUGGGUACUGUAGAAGUAGGAGAAGAAGAAGAGCAGGAUCAUGAGACAGACUUUCCAGGACGUGAAGAAGCUGCAGAAGAUGAUCAUGAUCGGGAGGAAGAAGAUGACCAAACGGCAGCAGGGCUUGCUGAGGAUCGUGCUGCUGAUAGUGCGACUCUAGUAGGGCAGCUGAAGAAUCUGAUUGCCGCGGAGGCAGAAGGACUAGAGGUGGAAAGUAUCCUCGAGGAAACUAUUCCUGGGAUGGAAGAGCUGUUGCCAGAAGAAGCGGACGUUGUAAAGGAACUGCGUUUGGAGCUAUCUGGGGUUGUCAACGAUGACCUCGCGGAGUUACUAAUCAAGCAAGCCGUCCUGAAGGUGAACCAAGAGCGCCUUGGCGACUCGACAAAGAAUUCUUCAGGCUCGAAUACGGAUAUACCCCAAGGUAGCACCAGCGACGAUGAACACGAAAAUAGAAGAACGCGUGGUGGUGGCCCGAGUGCCGAUGAACAAGAUGGACCUGACCGGGCUGGCCACAUUACAACUCUUCAUGAGGCGGGCAUGGCGAUCGCGCGGGAUGAAGAUUUGCGAGGACAGAGAUUUCGGCAAUAUCGUCCCGCUGGUGAAAAAGGACUAGACCCGCAAGUGGUGCUCAGACGCGGACGUAUGGAAGGAAGUACGUUUCAUGACGAUUUUUUGGAUGAUCUUGUACAUGAAGAGGGAGGAGACUGUGUGGUAGACGCGACUGUGGCAGCGGUAGCUGCAGAAAUAAAAAGCGGCGGCUCGGUGCGUGAUCGAAAGAUGGCUUUUAUGGCGGAAGUGCAGCGGCAUUUGACGGGCGGAAAA